CCUUAUUUUAUUCCCCACAAAUAUCAACUCGGGACCGCAGAAAUUCAGCCAGGACCGACUGUCCUGUUGAUGCGGGCCCUUGCUGCUCAUCCAGGGGCAGGAGAUCCAGGGCGAUGUCGACACCAGAUCCCCCCAUGGGAGGCACCCCUCGCCCAGGUCCUUCCCCUGGACCGGGUCCCUCCCCUGGGGCUAUGCUGGGCUCCCCAGGCUCCUCUCACAGUAUGAUGGGCCCCAGCCCUGGCCCUCCAUCCUCGGGACACUCCCAGCCAGGGCCCUCUGGAUACGGCCAGGACAACAUGCACCCUCUGCACAAACCCAUGGAGAGCAUGCAUGAGAAGGGCAUGAGUGAGGAGAGCCGCUUCAGCCAGAUGAAGGGACUAUCUAUGAGACAGGGUGGGCACAGUGGUAUGGGCCCCCCACCCAGUCCUCUAGACCAACACUCGCAAGGAUACCACUCUCCAUUAGGGGGCUCUGACCACUCCAGCCCUGUCCCUUCAAAUGGUCCCCCCUCUGGACCUCUUAUGCCAUCGUCCUCUUCCUCCUCCUCCGGUGGUCCCGGCUCUGCCCCUACACCUUUAGAUGGCCCCAGUGGAGAGCAACACACUCUUGGUCCCAAUAACCGGCCUGGCCCUCCAGGUAGCUCCGGCCCAGGCCCCAGCCCUGGACCCAGCCUGGGCCCCAGUGUCUCCACCCUUGGAUCUGGCCUUGAAUCUGGAGUCCCUCCAGGCCCUGGAGGUCCUGGUGGCCCUACUCCCUUUAACCAGAACCAGCUUCACCAACUCAGAGCCCAGAUCAUGGCUUAUAAGAUGCUGGCCCGUGGGCAGCCUCUGCCAGACCACCUCCAAAUGGCUGUCCAAGGGAAGAGGCCCAUGCCUGGGAUGCAGCAGCAGUCAAUGUCCAGUUUGGCUCCUGGACCUGGAGGCGGGCCAGUAGGUGGACCAGUAGGACCAGUACCAGUGCCUGUGCCAAUGGGCUCAGGCUACAGUCGAGCUCAUGGAAUGAUGGGUCCCAACAUGCCUCCUCCAGGCCCAUCGGGUACUCCAGCUGGAAUGCAGGGACAAAACCCAAAUGGACCUCCCAAGUGCUGGCCAGAAGGCCCCAUGGUGAAUGCAGCAGCCCCCUCCAACGCACCCCAGAAGCUUAUUCCCCCUCAGCCCACUGGUCGACCCUCUCCUGCCCCGCCUUCAGUUCCCCCCGCUGCCUCCCCAGUAAUGCCUCCACAGACUCAGUCCCCCGGCCAGCCGACACAGCCUACUCCCAUGAUGCCUUACCAUGCCAAGCAGAACCGCAUUACUCCCAUUCAGAAACCCUGUGGACUCGACCCAGUGGAGAUACUGCAGGAGAGGGAGUUCAGGUUACAGGCUCGUAUCACUCAUCGUAUUGCUGAGCUGGAGAACCUGCCGGGCUCUCUGGCUGGUGAUUUACGUACCAAAGCUACUAUAGAGCUCAAAGCCCUCCGACUGCUUAACUUCCAGAGACAGCUGCGUCAAGAGGUGGUGGUGUGUAUGCGUCGUGACACAGCUCUAGAGACUGCCCUCGAUGCCAAGGCCUACAAGCGAAGCAAGCGUCAGUCUCUGCGAGAGGCGCGCAUCACGGAGAAACUGGAGAAACAGCAGAAGAUCGAGCAAGAGCGCAAACGCAGGCAGAAACAUCAGGAGUACCUCAACAGCAUCCUGCAGCACGCCAAAGACUUCAAAGAGUACCACCGCUCCAUCACAGGCAAAAUGCAGAAACUGACCAAAGCUGUGGCCACCUACCAUGCCAAUACUGAACGGGAGCAGAAGAAAGAGAAUGAGCGCAUUGAGAAAGAGAGGAUGAGGAGGCUUAUGGCUGAGGAUGAGGAGGGCUAUCGUAAACUGAUUGACCAGAAGAAGGAUAAGCGCCUGGCCUAUCUGCUGCAGCAAACUGACGAGUAUGUGGCCAACCUCACCGAGCUGGUCAGAGCUCACAAAGCUGCGCAGGCCCUCAAGGAGAAAAAGAAGAAGAAGAAGAAAAAGAAGAAGUUGGAGAAUGCUGAGGGUCCUACUCCUGUCAUGGGUCCUGAUGGCGAGCCUCUCGAUGAGACGAGUCAGAUGAGUGACCUGCCUGUGAAGGUCAUCCACGUUGACAGUGGGAACAUCCUGACAGGACUGGAUGCUCCAAGAGCUGGACAGCUAGAGACCUGGCUGGAGAUGAACCCUGGUUAUGAGGUGGCUCCUCGCUCAGACAGUGAAGACAGCGAGGAGGAGGAAGAGGAGGAGGAGGAAGAGGAGGAGCCUCAGCCAUCGGCUACUCAGGUGGAGGAAAAAAAGAAGAUUACAGACCCCGACUGCGAAGACGUGUCAGAGGUGGACGUCCGACACAUCAUCGAAAAUGCUAAACAGGACGUGGAUGAUGAAUAUAUUGGUGCAGCGUUCGCCCGAGGCCUCCAGUCUUAUUAUUCUGUGGCUCACGCUGUCACAGAAAAGGUGGAGAAACAGUCCAGUUUGCUAAUAAACGGACAACUCAAACAGUAUCAGAUUAAAGGUCUGGAGUGGCUGGUUUCCCUCUACAACAAUAAUCUGAAUGGGAUCCUGGCAGAUGAGAUGGGUCUGGGAAAAACCAUCCAGACUAUCGCCCUCAUAACGUACCUCAUGGAGAACAAACGGCUCAAUGGUCCCUACCUCAUCAUUGUACCCCUCUCAACUCUUUCUAACUGGGUGUAUGAGUUUGACAAGUGGGCACCGACAGUCGUGAAAGUGUCCUACAAGGGGUCUCCUGCUGCCAGGAGAGCCUUUGUCCCCCAACUGCGCAGUGGCAAGUUUAAUGUUUUACUCACCACUUACGAGUACAUCAUCAAGGAUAAACAAGUACUGGCCAAGAUUCGUUGGAAAUACAUGAUCGUGGACGAAGGCCACCGUAUGAAGAACCACCACUGUAAGCUGACCCAGGUCCUGAACACCCACUACCUGGCCCCACGGCGAGUCCUGCUGACAGGAACGCCGCUGCAGAACAAACUACCCGAGCUCUGGGCGUUGCUAAACUUCCUCCUGCCCACCAUCUUCAAGAGUUGCAGCACCUUUGAGCAGUGGUUCAACGCCCCUUUCGCUAUGACUGGAGAGAAGGUGGACCUUAAUGAAGAGGAGACCAUCUUGAUAAUCCGUCGUCUCCACAAAGUACUUCGCCCCUUUCUGUUACGCAGAUUAAAGAAGGAAGUGGAGGCACAGCUUCCAGAGAAGGUGGAAUAUGUGAUCAAGUGUGACAUGUCGUCUCUUCAGAGGGUGCUGUACAGGCACAUGCAGGCCAAGGGGGUCCUGCUCACUGAUGGAUCAGAGAAGGACAAGAAGGGUAAAGGUGGCACAAAGACGCUGAUGAACACCAUCAUGCAGCUGAGGAAGAUCUGUAACCACCCUUACAUGUUCCAGCAGAUAGAGGAAUCUUUCUCUGAACAUUUAGGAUUCUCUGGUGGGAUAGUCCAGGGUCCUGACCUAUAUCGGGCAUCAGGAAAGUUUGAGGUGUUGGAUCGAAUCCUGCCAAAGCUGAGAGCCACAAACCACAAAGUGCUGCUCUUCUGUCAGAUGACCUCACUCAUGACCAUCAUGGAGGACUACUUUGCCUAUCGCAGCUUCAAGUAUCUGCGUCUGGAUGGCACUACAAAAGCUGAAGAUAGAGGAAUGUUACUGAAGACAUUCAAUGAACCGGGAUCAGAGUACUUUAUCUUCCUUCUGAGCACAAGAGCUGGAGGCCUCGGCCUAAAUUUGCAGUCUGCCGACACUGUGGUUAUUUUUGACUCUGACUGGAACCCACAUCAGGACCUGCAGGCUCAGGACCGAGCCCACCGUAUUGGUCAACAGAACGAGGUGCGUGUGCUACGUCUUUGCACAAUCAACAGUGUUGAAGAGAAAAUCCUGGCUGCUGCCAAGUACAAACUUAACGUGGACCAAAAGGUCAUUCAGGCUGGCAUGUUUGAUCAGAAGUCUUCCAGCCACGAGCGCAGGGCCUUCCUGCAGGCCAUCCUGGAACACGAGGAGCAAGACGAGGUCUGGGGUCAGGAAGUCUGUCUACGCAUUAAUGAGGAGGAUGAGGUGCCAGAUGAUGAGACGGUCAACCAGAUGAUUGCCAGGAGUGAGGAGGAGUUUGACCAGUUCAUGCGUAUGGACCUAGACAGGCGUCGCGAGGAUGCCCGUAACCCACGGCGAAAACCUCGUCUGAUGGAGGAGGACGAGCUGCCCACUUGGAUCAUGAAGGACGACGCUGAGGUUGAACGGCUGACCUGCGAGGAAGAGGAGGAGAAAAUGUUUGGACGAGGUUCUCGACAGCGGAAGGAGGUGGAUUACAGCGAUUCACUGACGGAGAAGCAGUGGAUCAAGGCGAUAGAGGAGGGCACACUAGAGGAGAUCGAGGAAGAGGUACGUCACAAAAAGACGACCCGCAAGAGGAAGCGUGACCGCGACCUGGAUCUCCCAGGUCCCUCCUCUUCCUCGGGGGGACGAGGUCGAGGGGACAAAGAUGAAGAUGGGAAGAGGCAGAGGAAGAGGGGACGACCACCUGCUGAGAAACUCUCCCCCAACCCCCCCGCCCUCACAAAGAAGAUGAAGAAGAUCGUGGACGCUGUCAUCAAGUAUAAAGACAGCGCCAGUGGGCGUCAGCUGAGCGAGGUGUUCAUCCAGCUGCCAUCUCGAAAAGAGCUGCCAGAGUACUACGAACUGAUCCGCAAGCCUGUGGACUUCAGGAAGAUCAAGGAGAGGAUUCGAGGUCAUCGCUAUCGCAGUCUGGGUGACCUGGAGAGAGACGUCAUGCUGCUUUUCCAAAACGCUCAGACCUUCAACCUGGAGGGAUCACUGAUAUAUGAAGACUCCAUCGUCCUCCAGUCAGUGUUUACCAGUUUGAGGCAAAAGAUCGAGAAGGAGGAGGAAAGUGAAGGAGAGGAGAGUGAGGAAGAGGAAGACGAGCUGGAGGAAGGAUCAGAAACUGAAUCUCGCUCAGUGAAAGUGAAGAUCCGUCUGGGAAAGAAGGAUAAAGGUGGAGAUCGAGGGAAGGGUCGCAGCAGACGAUCAGGACGCAGCAGAGCCAAACCUGUUGUUAGUGAUGACGACUCUGAGGAUGAGCAGGAAGAGGAGCGCUCCCCCAGUGCCACUGACGAGGAGUCCUGAACUGUACUGUAAUGUGGGAGAGAAGGGGACAUAAAGGGAUAUUCCUCCAACUCGAGCACUACAUUUACAGUAAAUAAAAUACACCUCUGUCAACUCCAUCCACCUCAGUCAAAUGUCAUAGGACUCAAAUAGAAGGGAGGUUUGCAAUACCGUCUAUACAGAAACAGACAUACAUAUUAUUUGAUUAGUCAUAUUGACAUCACAUUAAAACAGUACACAUACAAUAUCAUAAAAUACACAGAUUAAUCUGACUAUGCACACCACCACAUUCAACUUUUUGUGUUUCUCUGCUGAGGCCCAGUCUGGAAAAGUCUAAACACAAAGGGAUCAAAUGAGGUUUUAACCUUGUUGUGCAAUUACAGGAGAGUUUUUAAUCAGUUUUAAUAAGAACGGUGUCAGUGUAUAGGUGUGAAAUCACUUCUGGGAGUCAGCUCAAUGUAGAAAAUAUACUGCAAAUACCCUGAAGCCAUUCCCCCUGUUUACCAUUUCUAAGCAGUAUAUAAACAUGUAAUAUAAAUGGUUUAUAACAUACUAAAAUGUAGUUGUACGCAGCUAUAAGGACAUUUAAGUGUUUAUUAAUGUACAGUAAUUGUAAUUCUCCUAUGAAGACAUAUUUUAUACUAUUACAACUUGGUUUACUAUAUUAUCAUUAUCUGUUUAUAAACCAGCCUCCACUUAUUGGUGACCACAGGCAGAGUUAUAGCUGUUGACAAAUACAUUAAUAAAUGCUUAUAUCUGCUUACAAGUACGUUAUAGUGUGUUGAAAACCACUUAUUAUAAAAUGUUUAUAUACUGCUUUAAUGCCAUUAAAACUAACCCAAACAGUAUUUAAGAGGAAUAAAAGUUCUUGGCUAACCUGAGGCAUUAGAUCUGGUGGAUCCAGUAAAGUGAAGUAAACAACAUUGAAUGUAAACCGUAAAUGUUUUCAGAUAGAGCUGUGUUUUCACCCAGCUACUACCUAACAUGACCUUACCUUAGCUUGCUUUGGACAUACAAACCUGAUGUUUUGCCUCUGCUUCACUGUGGCGGUAUGUUGCAAAUAACACUCAGCCACUUUGGAGCCACUGUGAUUGCUGAGGUGUGUGCACAUUACAUAUUUGUGACCGGGGCUCACUGUUUGAGUUGGAAAUCCAGCCUGCUGUGGGCACAGGGUGUUUCCAGACUUCUCAGAAGCUCUUUAGCAACUCCCCACAGUUAUUUGACUGAGGUUUAAUGGAGUUGGAUCACGGUCACUGUAUAUAAAGUACAGUAUAAAAACAACCUUGCUGCUGCGUACCUGUUACACCUCCAAUAUACUGUAAGCACUUAUAACUGUUGAUUGUAGACUUGAAGAAUCAUGGUCAUAAUUCAUCAAUGAGUACUGUAACUUUAACUGUUUCUCCUUCAGUUGUUGUGUGGUGACUUUAGGAUUUCAGAACUGUUUUGAUGUACUUUGGCACUUUUUAUGGUUUUGAUUUCAAGACAAAGGACCAGAGGGACAGUGGCUCCUCUCUGCUUGUGAAUGCCUCAUGGCCGUACGGUGUUGGAUAUACUGUAUAGAGUAUUUUUUAGAGUAUAAAAAAGUAUGUCAAUGCACGUGUGUACAGCUCACAAGUUCAGUACUGUACUUGUUUCAUUAUGGUAGGUAAAUAGAGUGAACAACAUGCAACCAAAGCAUCAACGUUUUCUCCACUAAAUUAUUAUGGUCUGUCUGUGUUGUGUUGUGGGCAUCGUCGCUGGAUUUCAAAACGUAACAAUAAAUCAUAGUAAAAGCUUA